AUGGUAUCAAACCGAAAGAUACGCGUGCUUGCCCUCGCGGUUGGCAUAACGCUUCUCACAACCAUUCUAUUAUUGACUCGUGAAUCUAGACACAAAAAUGUCCUGGUAGCAAAGCAGGCAGCUGGAAGUACGCUCUUGGAGUCUGCCAACAACGCUCAAGUGGAUGCCGCAAUAAACGAAGAGAUUUCUAAAACAAAAGGCAAAGAGGAUGCCGAGAAUAAUGGAGAAAUAGAGCAGGAGACGCUUGAAGACGAUUCAACUACCGAGGAAUACGAUCCCGCCAAACAAUAUAGGGAGAUCAGAGCCUUAGCACCCAUGACGAUAUUUUCCAAAUCAUACUGUCCAUUCUCCAAGAGGUUGAAGCAGCUCUUGCUGGACAGCUACAAUAUUGUUCCUCCACCAACUAUCGUUGAGCUCGACAAAUCGAAGCACGGCAAAGAGCUUCAGGCCUAUCUAGGCGAAAUCACUGGCAGGAAGACCGUUCCAAAUGUUCUUGUGGGAGCAUCCAAUCCACAAAGCCGAGGAGGCGCCGACGACUUCAUCGAUUUGCAUAACAAGGGAGAGUUAGAGGCCUCGUUGAACAUAUGGGGAGAAAAAGAGCUACUGGUGACGAAGAAGGAAACACCAUCAAACGUAUAA